CUCUCCAAUCCAAACCCAGCAAAUCCCAACCCCACCAACACCCAAUUUGUCUACUAUAAAAUCCCAUGCCUCCUCUUUCCCUUCUCUUCAUCCCACCACUAAAUAGAGCAAAAGAGAGUCAAGUUUCUUAAGCAAAAGCCAAAACACAACAUUAGCAACAGCAUCAAGCAAAGGGGAAAAAGGAAACAAGAAGCACCCAUGGCCAACUCUUCUUCUUCUCUUCUCCUUAUCAUAUUCCCCUUCAUCUUUUCUCUUCUCAUUGUCCCCUCGCUCGCCGCCGAUCCCGAUAUGCUCCAGGAUAUCUGCGUCGCCGAUCUCAAAUCUACUGUAAAGGUGAACGGAUUUGUGUGCAAGGACAACGUGACGGAGGACGACUUCUUCUUCAAGGGGCUGGCCGCCCCGGGUGCCACCAACAACACCGAGGGUUCAGUGGUCACCGCAGCUAAUGUGGAGAAGAUCCCAGGUCUCAACACCUUGGGAGUCUCCCUAUCCCGCAUCGACUACGCUCCCGGUGGGUUGAACCCUCCUCACACCCACCCGCGUGCCACCGAGAUGGUGUUCGUCCUGGAUGGCACCCUCGACGUGGGCUUCAUCACCACCGCCAACAAGCUCAUCGCCAAGACCAUCACUAAAGGCGAGAUUUUUGUGUUCCCACGCGGCCUCGUCCACUUCCAGAAGAACAAUGGCGACGUGCCUGCCGCGGUCAUCUCUGCCUUCAACAGCCAGUUGCCCGGCACGCAGUCCAUCGCCAUCACCCUCUUCACUUCCACGCCGCCGGUGCCCGACAACGUGCUCACAAAGGCCUUCCAGGUCGGCACCAAGGAGGUGGAGAAGAUCAAGUCCCGCCUCGCCCCAAAGGAAAGCUGAUUUUAUCACUGCAUAGACUUUAUUUUUUUCAUUUAUCUUUAUUCUAUUUACAUGUAUUGCUUCGUCUUGUAUGUUGGUCCAUGGCCAAAGAGAAGAGGGGCAUGAAAUAUUACUUUCUUGUAAUAAUAAUGAUUAUCUUCAUUCGAUCAUUCCAUCAUAAUAGUAAUGAUAAUGAUUUUUUCUUUUCUGCC